UCAUGACUGAAUACUUAGGUGGCUGUAUAUAUGCGACCGUAUGUACAUUAGCCAUCCGUCUAGUUAACCAUGAGUUCAGCAUACCCGUACAUGCACUGGUAGGACUUGCUCUGACAGAAGAACUGUUUUGUUUUACAGCCACCGGCCUGGAACACACUAUAGAUCACGGCAAGAGAUUAAUCCUCACCUCAAAAUACCAGUUUGUAACAUAUACAGUGAAAUAGCCUAUAUAUGUGAUGGGAAAUUUAUGGAGAAAUGCAACUGCGUUGCAACUUGUUGACAGAGAUCAAAAACCAUGUCCAUCCAAGCAAUAACCUUGAUAACACUGGCGCUAAUCGGGGUGUACAUAACCACUUUUACAACAAUGGCCGAUGGAUUCAGAAUCGGGGCUUUCAACAUUCAAAUAUUCGGCAAGAAAAAAGCGGAGAAUCCGGAUGUAAUGAACACAAUUGCUAAGAUUUUAAGGCGAUAUAACAUUGUUCUUAUACAAGAAAUUCGGGAUAAAUCCGGAGAAGCUAUCAAGAAGCUUCUACAGGAGGUUAACAAGUACUCAGGGAAAAAACACAAAUUUGAGAUGAUUAUAAGUGAUCGCCUUGGUCGGACAAAUUCGAAGGAACAAUACGCGUUUUUCUACAGAACAGCGGAAGGAAUCAAAGUCGUAGACAGUUACCAUUAUGACGACGGGAGCGAAGCUACUAAGGAAGACACAUUCCAAAGGGAGCCAUUUGUUGUACGUUUCCACAUUCCACAGCUAGUCGUGAAGGACAUCGCCAUGGUUGCGAUACAUACAGACCCAGGACAAGCUGUAGCCGAAACAAAGGAACUCGCGCGUGUGAUUGAUGACGUAAUGAACACAUGGAAGAUCGAUGACGUCAUUGUGCUGGGUGACCUAAAUGCAGACUGCAGCGUUUUUCCAAAAAAAGCGUGGAAAAAUCUGUCACUGAGAACCAACUCCAAGUACUUCUGGCCGAUUGGAGACUCUGUUGACACAACGACAACCAACACUGAUUGCGCGUAUGAUAGGUUCAUACUGACCGGAUCACGUUUAAUCUCAUCAUUUGUUAAGAAUUCCGCGCAAGUCUAUCACUUCGACAAAGCUUAUGGAUUGGACCAAGAACAGGCUAUUGCGAUUAGUGACCAUUACCCCAUAGAAAUAGGCCUCGCGCUGGACACUGGAGGGACCAGCGUGGGCGGAGAUUCUUCAGACCCUGGAAAUUGCUGCUCUAAGGGAGGGACAGGGUUGUGUUCAACACUAAUUUCAGCUUUUGUUUCAUGUUUUGCGCGGCUGUUGAAUGUAAGAAAUUAAAGAUACAUUCACAUGUAAUGUCCAAUAUUGCACAAUAUUUACGUCAUUUCGAUCAUCGCGAACAGUUUAGUGUCGUCAACAUUAUGGUUUUUUUUUAAUUCUAAAACUUAUGGGGGCCAAAGAAGUUUCCCAGUCACUAGUUGACACAGCGGUCGAGUGAAGAAAAUGGCACUUACAUUUAAAAGAUUUCCCCUCAGAUAUGGGAGCAUUUUCCUGAGAAAGAAGAGUGCCAUUUUUCAGGGGCUUCCGCUCAGCCGUCACCUACCCUCGUAAGGGUUAGGUCAAAGCACUACCGUCGGUGGUAUCUUAGAGUGAAUAAUAGUGCUUCUGUGAUUUGUCAUAUUCAUUCAUUGCUCACCAAGGUCGUUAAUUAACCCCUAGAAUACAUUAAAUUCAUGUAUUUAUUAAAGUGUCGUCGGGGUUAUACGAUGAGUAACAUUUUCAGCCAGACUAGUGGUCAGUUUGUCAGUUUGAAAAUAGACUGACCGUUUCACAUGAAUGAAAAUGAUAUGCAACCCCUCCGAGGGAGUUUGAGGAAUAAGAAACACUGAACCUGUUUAGAUGAUAAUAGAGCCUAUGCCUAAACCCCGAUACGAGGGCUAGGGGAAAAACAACCCAUGCCUUUUCGUAGGAUCUGUUUGGUUUGAUCUUUGAAACAUUUUAACGGCUCCGUAGAGCUUUGUUGUGUGCAGUAGUUGCACCUGCUGGGUUACUGUUUACGAGCUAAAUCACAUGUAAAGAAGCUGUGAUAGUUAUUUUAUAUACUCAUGCUGAAUGCGUUGUGAGAGUAACUUUAAAACUUAGGUAUAUAUGUAUUUUUAUAUCUGUAUAUGUGGUAAUAUUUUACACAUUUUCAUCUAUAUGUGAUCUGAUAAAUUGACAUCAUUCCUUGAUAAAGGAACGGGCAUGGUAAGGCGGGGAAUAGAAUCCAGUUCACGAAACUGACUAUAGCUGUAACUGACAGCUGCUGACACUCUCGUAAGGCUGCUCCUUUUUUCAGUUCUCUUUUACUCUUUUUUAUUUGACAGGCAUGUGACUUAUAAAGCCCCAAAUAUGUAGUGGAGUAAUGUAUAGGUCAUAAAAGCGAAAAAUGUUACCUGCUCCAGUCACACUGAGAUAUCUUUUUUUUUUUGCAUUAGACAUUGUAGAGUGGGGAAAAUCACUGCACCACAAAUCUAACUUUCUGAAAAAAAAAACAAUCAAUUAAAUACAUAUGUAACAAAUAUUCAGCCUUAUAGUUCCCCUACGCAUAACAUAGCCAAAGAACCACUUGUGCCCUCAACCAGGAUUCACGUAUGACUGUUGUUACCACACGUUACGUAAUUCCAUAGUUUAACAGUUACUCAUUCUAAUUCAUAAUAAAACUUAUUUAAUACAAGAUAGCAUAUAUCUUUUCUUACACAAAAAUAUGUCACCAAAGAAAAAAAAAGAAAUACAAUGGUUAGAACUCUCUCUAGAGGUGCAAGCUACUUUCAAUAAUGAUUGCAUUAGUAUACUGUACUAAGAAGGAUACUUGACAGGCUAUGGCACAAAUACGGAUUUCAGACUUGUCAAAAUAUAACAAAACUUAUCACAUUAUAAGUUUCUUUUUUACAUAUGAGGAAAAAUGUUAACCAGAACGAAACCUUGACAGCACGUAGAAAUACACACAUGAAAGCCUCAGUAAAAAUAUUUUUCUGGUUAACGUUGAUCUUCAUACUAUAAAUUAAAGACACAGUGCCUCGUUAGAGCGGAGUGCUUUUUCGGUGGGUUAUUACUAGGCAAAGAUCUCUUUUAUGGCCAUAUAACUUUUAUGGGUGAUUCGACCAAGAUUUAUGCUUCUGAUCUGGACAUUUAUAGAGCUGUGCUGGGAUUUUGAAAUUUGAACUUCCUUAUCGUACUUCUCUGGGGCAAAUUCCCCGCCAUGCCUUACCUUACCGGGGCUUUUUGGAAAGGUAAAUUUACAACUUUAUUUUGUAAUGGUUUACAAAAAAGAAUAUAUUUAA